CGAUUUUCGUGUUCGCUCUGUGCGAUUCUUUCUGCUCUACUUUUGAUUUUCGAGUGCGGCUCGGCUCGUCUCUCUCUCCGAUUUUGAUUCUGAUUUGGGAAUACCGACGACAGUCAUAUGAUGGACGUAACGCGUAACGUGUCGUAACGACAAUCGGCUCUGGGGCUGUAUCGGGCUGCUCCUCCAACGUACCGAUCUCAUCCGCGCAGCCAAGAGCCAAGCCGGCCAUCCGUCCCGAGUGUCGAGUGAAAUCUCCUCUAAGAAAGCUGAGCUAAAAAAAAUCUCUGAAAAUCUGAGCCAAAAAACUGAGCUUGCAAGAUCGGAGCCCGUGCCGAAAUCAGAGCGUUGCCGUUGCCGCACCCGGACAGCGCCGCAGCAGCGCUGCGACAGCGACAGUGGCAGUGGCACUGACUGCUGGGGAACAGACGUGAGCUGGGGAGAAUUUUCAUUUAAAUCAAAUCGACGUCACCGUCAGUCACAGUCACCGUCACCGUUAACAAAAAGUGUCAACCCAUAGCCUGCAGCGCUUCAAUUCAGCGUGCGCCGCUUAACGGUAACGGUCCUGCUCGCGAUCGCUCGCUCCCGCAAUUUUUGUGAAAUUUUGUUGUUUUUUUUUUUUGCUGUACUGCUCCUCCCGUUGCUUCGUGUGUGUGUGUAUAUGUUCCCUCUUGUCAGUGUGUGUCGCGAUUUCCACUCGCGGAGUUAGCGGAAAGAAAGGCACAGGGAGACGAAGAACCAGAGAUCUCGCGAGAAAUUUAAAAGCGAAGGAAAAAAGAAACGGUGAACGCAAAGUCAACGGUAUAGCAGAAAGAGGAAAGAGAAUAAAAAGUGCUGUCAUUAUUUUUUGUCUGCCUUAAACGCACAAACACAUACAUUCCUGAGUGACAGAUAGAGCGACAGCGACGGCAUGUCGCCCAAUCGAUGGAUUCUGCUGCUGAUCUUCUACAUUUCAUAUCUGAUGCUCGGUGCUGCCAUCUACUAUCACAUCGAGCACGGCGAGGAGAAGGAGACACGCAAGGCGGAUCUCGCAGAGCGCGUCGAAAUUCAUGCAUAUCUGGUGGAAGAGUUGUCGGAUAAGAAUGUGAGCACACAGAAUGAGAUACUCGAACGGAUAUCGGAGUACUGUGGCAAACCGGUGACGGAUGUCGAGAAGGAUGAGCAUGAGGUGCCAUUCACAUGGACCUUCUAUCAUGCGUUCUUCUUUGCCUUCACCGUCUGCUCAACGGUGGGCUAUGGCAACAUAUCACCGACCACAUUUGCGGGUCGCAUGAUAAUGAUUGUAUAUUCGGUGAUCGGUAUACCCGUCAAUGGCAUACUCUUUGCCGGCUUGGGCGAGUACUUUGGACGAACGUUCGAGGCCAUCUAUCGCAGAUACAAGAAGUACAAGAUGACCACGGAUAUGCACUAUGUGCCGCCGCAGCUGGGUCUGAUCACCACCGUUGUGAUUGCCUUGGUGCCGGGCAUAGCUCUGUUCCUGCUGCUGCCCUCGUGGGUUUUCACCUACUUCGAGAACUGGCCGUACUCCAUUUCGCUGUACUACAGCUAUGUGACGACCACAACCAUUGGAUUCGGUGACUAUGUGCCCACCUUUGGGCCCAAUCAGCCGCGCGAAUUUGGUGGCUGGUUCGUGGUCUAUCAGAUCUUUGUCAUCGUUUGGUUCAUCUUCUCGUUGGGCUAUCUAGUCAUGAUCAUGACAUUUAUCACACGAGGACUGCAGAGCCAGAAGCUGGCGCAUCUGGAGCAGCAGUUGUCCUCCAAUCUGAAGGCCACACAGAAUCGCAUCUGGACGGGCGUCACCAAGGAUGUUGGCUACCUCAGGCGCAUGCUCAACGAGCUCUAUAUCCUCAAAGUGAAGCCUGUCUAUACGGAUAUGGAGUUUGCUUAUACGAUGCCACGUUCCGCCUCGUGUCCGGAGUUGAGCAUGUACCGCGUGGAGCCGGCACCGUUGCCCAGCAGGAAGCGCGCCUUCUCGGUGUGCGCCGAUUUGGCAGCGGCCCAGGAUGCGGCAGCGGCAUCGGCGACGAUGAUCCACGCCAGCUCCGACACGGAGCUGAGCAAGCUGGAUCGCGAGAAGACAUUCGAGACGGCGGAGGCAUAUCGCCAGACGACAGAUCUGCUGGCAAAGGUUGUCAGUGCGCUGGCCACUGUGAAGCCACCGCCGGCGGCGGAAACGGAGGACCCAGCCCUCUAUGGGGGCUACCAUGGCUUCUCUGACUCACAGAUUAUGGCCAGCGAAUGGUCCUUCUCGACGGUGAAUGAGUUCUCGGCCCCGCCGACACACCGUCGCCAGCGGGCACGCGCCUGUUCCGACUUCAACAUCGAUCCGCCGCACUGGAAGAGCGAGCGUCCGCUGCGUGCCUCGCACAACGAGUGGACCUGGAGCGGCGACAAUCAGCAGAUUCAGGAGGCAUUCAACAAUCGCUACAAGGGACAUGCGGCCAACGGUGGCGCCUCAUCCAUGGUGCACCUGGAGCCGGAUGCCCUCGAGGAGCAGCUCAAAAAGGGCGCCAGCAGCUCGACACCCGGUGCCGGGCGCGUCAAGAAGUUCUCGAUGCCGGAUGGCCUGCGUCGACUGUUUCCCUUUCAGCGCAAGCGCCACUCGCAGGACUUGGAGCGGAAGCUGUCCGUUGUCUCGGUGCCGGAGGGUGCCACCGCCCUGCCCUCCUCCCGCUCGCCACUCGACUACUACAACAACACGGUCACCGCCGCCUCCGGCCAGUCGUAUAUGCGGAAUGGUCGCGGUCCGCCGCCGCCGCCCUUCGACUCGAAUGGCAGCCUCGCCUCCGCCGGCGGCCUGACCAAUCUGGGUUUCCAUCUGGACGACUCGGAGCAGGCCUCGCUCCCGGCGGGAGCAGGAGCUGGAGCGUACCAGCGUCGUCCGCCGGCAGCUGGCAAGCGGCGCCGCGAGAGCAUCUACACCCAGAAUCCGGCAAUUGCCGGUCGACGGGGCAGCAUGUAUCCGCCCACAGCAGCAGCGGCAGCCCUGGCCCAGGCCCAGUCUCAGUCUCAGUCUCAGAUGCGUCGCGGCAGCCUGGCCAUCGGCGGUUCGGGCUCGGCGGCAAUGGCAGCAGUGGCAGCCCGACGUGGCAGUCUCUUCCCGGCCACGGGCACGUCCUCGUCGUUGGCCUCGAUGGGUGCGCCGCGUCGCUCGAGCAUCUUCUCGGUGACCUCGGAGAAGGAUAUGAACGUGCUGGAGCAGACCACCAUAGCGGAUCUCAUACGAGCCCUCGAGGUGGUCCACACGCACGCCGUACUGGAUGAGCAACAGCAGGCGGCAACGGCGGCUUCAUCAGCGGGCGGCAACAGACUGGGGGGCAGCCGAAAGCAGCGCAAAAUGGGCAAUGCCGGCCUCGAUCCGCCCCAGCUGCCGCCCAUACUGUCGCUCUUUGCCGGCGAUCAGACGCGCUCCCUGCAAGCGGCUGCCGCCAAUCGUCUGUACGCUCGUCGCUCCACCAUUGUGGGCACCAUGUCGCCCAAUGGCACAGGCAGAUCGAUACUGGAGCCACCGCCAAGCUACACGGAGCGGGCAAGCGGUCAGAAUCAGAUGCAGAAUCAAGGUGCGGCCGCCUCAUCGACUCCUGUUUUGGGCUCGAGCACAAGCAAGUUCCGCCGCCGCUUCAGUGUGCGGCCAACGGCACUGCAGAUACCACCGGGCCAAGCGCCGCCACCUGGUGCCAGCCUGAUUGAGCAGUCCGCACUGCAGCGUCGCCUCUCGCUGCGUCCCUCGCCGCUGGCACGCGAACUGUCGCCCACAACGCCCCCAGCAGGAGGAGGCGGAGGCAACAACAACACUGGCAACACAGCGGCGGACGAGGCAUCAGCCACGCGACUGCUGCCCCUGCCAGUGGGUGCCAGACCCAGCACCAGCAGCACCCACUCACCGCUGUCGAGAAUUGUGCAGAUCUCGCAGGCACAGCGAAAGAGCAGCAUGCCCACAGCGCCGGGUGCACCUGGAGCGGCAGGAUCAAGCACUUCCGGAGAGAAGUAAUAGCCAGGCGGCAGUACCCAUACCCAUCCAUAUCCUUACCCAUAUGCAACUGAUUGCAAGUCUGUCGAUAAGGCAUUGAGUCCUUUAGCUGUUAUUAUUAUUAUUAUUAUUAUUAUUAUUGUUAAACAAACAAAAGAGUUGUACGAUCUGUUAUCCUAAUGUUAUGUACUCCUCUCUACUCCUAAUCCGCUCUUUGUUUCUUUUUUGUUAUCCUAUUGUUUAUAUUUGUAUGUAUUUAUCGUCUAUACCAUAUACCUAUACCAUAUACCAUAUACUCUGUGUAUGCAUAAUGCUAAGAAGGGGCUUAUAUGAACAAAAAACGUCAAAAAAAUGCAACAUAUUCGAAAGGAUCUUUAUGAACGAUUCCAAUACAUGAAAAGAUUUAGUUUCACAUUUAAAAUGUUUAUUCCUAAAACAUAUUAAUGUGUAAUAAUAAACAUUGUCAUAUACCAGUGUAAA